AUGGAUUUAAGAGUGGUUUCAUGCACAGAUCUUUGGAUCCAAGAAAUAACCAUUGUGUUGCAACAAUCUCAAACUGAGCUACUCAUGUUUGAAAGGGUGGCCAACAAGGGCAAACACUGCUAUCUCUCUGCACUUGCUUCUGUCCAUUCAAUGACGUACAGUGUUUGUGUUGAAGUAGCAGUGGAUUUAUCGGAGUAUAUUUCUAGUUAUGUAUGGCAGCAGCAAAUAUCAAACAGACAGAGGAAUGAAAUAAGUGGGAGUAUUAAUGCAGGGAAAACUGAAGAUGAAAGGCUCCUUGACUCUACACAAAAUCAGAAGCCAAGAGACAAGCCCGAUGAACCACUUGUGACUGACAUAUACGCUGACGUACCAUGGAAAACAUACAACCUCUCAACCCCAAGUGCAUGGUUCAAACAACUAGACUAA